AUGUUACGCCAAUUAAUAUCACAAGCGUCCGUAUGCAGGGCAUCCAUAGGCAUUAGGCACUAUGCAACCGCCACCGCACGCCCCCCACCCAUCACAACCCUUAACGGCGUCCUCCCCCUCCCCACCGCGCGCGCCAUCCUUUCCAACCCCAAACGCACCCGCCGCGGCAACCCGCUCGACCUCCGCCGCCUCUACUUCUACGCCCAAUACGCCGAAAUCAUCUCCUCGCGCGCCGUCUUCAUCAUGCAGAACCACAACCUCACCUCCCCCGAAUACUUCAACCUCAAAACAACGUUCAAGGAAAAAGGCUUCAUCGUCACGACGGUACGGAACGAUGUGUUUUCGGCGGCGAUACGGAAACAUGCCAAGGGCGUGAAUAAACAGUUGGGGAGGGAUAGCGGGUUGGGUGGGUUGAGGCAGCUGUGCGCUGGGCCGGUGUGUGUGGCGUUCUCGAAUGCGGUGGACAGUGAACGACCCCAUUUGGCAAGGGAUUUCGCGGAACUGGUCAAACCGUUCAGCAAGAAGGGCAAACUUAUGGUGGUCGGCGCGAAAUUCGACGGGCAGCUGUUGACGAGUGAUACGUUGGAGACGGUGGUGAAGUUGCCCGCGCUGGGUGAGUUGAGGGCGGAACUGGUCGGGUUGCUGGGGAUGCCGAGUAUGGCGCUGGUGGAGGUUUUGGGCAGGAUUCCGCAGCAUUUGUUGAGUUCGUUGGGGGAGCAUGUGAGGGUUAUGGAGGAGGCCGCUGGGGAUAAGGGGGCGCAGGAACCGACGAAGGAAAAGUAG